UUGCCCUCUCAUCUACAUCUCCAUAAGCCUCCUCCGCCCAGUUGCGUGUUCUCUCCGGCAAAAGUUCCCCAGCCAGAAACCACAAAAAAAACAUCUCCAGACUGGGCAUGAUUGGACGUUAUUUAUAUUUGAAUGAAGCAAACAAUUAACUCAGACGAAGCGUCGCCUGGAAUCUGACAAGAGAUUGAGGCUCUUCAUCAGCAAAACAAUUAUCGUCUUACACUUGAAUCUUUGUUUGUUUGUUUUUCUCCACCAAUUGGAAUAGAUAAAGUUAUUAAAGGUAUAUGCAGCUUGUGGGGUGGCGGGGAUGCAAAACAAGUUCAAAGAAAACUAGUUUCCUUUCACUUGAAUUAACAGCCAUUGAACCCCGGUUAUGGUUCUAGCGAAAAAGGAUCUUCCCAGGCAAAAAAACAAAAAAAACUAGUUUCUGAUGAGCCUCUUAAUGGGCUGAUUCAUCCGAAUGAUUCUACAUAUAUUCUGUUUCUUCAACUGCCUCAUCCCCUUGCGAGCUCCAAUAUGUUGUUUCUUCGCUUCCUGUUUUGCAGUGACGCAGUUCUAUGAGAUGCCGCAGCUGUACGACUUGGACGACUACGACCGCUGCAUGCAGGAACUGGAUGGGGAGACCUCCAGCUACUGCUUUGUCCGGGCCCAAGUCCAGCCGGAUGAGUCGGUGGCCGCCUGGCGAGCCAUCGCCGAGAUCUCGCGCUACGAUCGCCAUCACUUCGACCAUCGCCAGCUGUACUUUGGCCUCUGCCUGAGGGAAUGCGAGGCCUCCCUGGCCGGACUGGACGACGCCGAGCUGGAAUCGCUGCUGCCGGGUCUGCUCACGGAAAAUGAGAAGGUGAAUGUGUACCUGGGGCUGUUCGCUAUGGAGGCGCAGAACCGAGAGCAACAUCAGCGGCUGACGAGUGCCUGCCUCAACUGGCGGCUGAAGCGGCGAGGAUUCAGUCUGCGGGCCAAGAGCGUGGUGGAAUACUGCGAUGAGGCUGGACGAGUGGUCCAGGAUGAUGCCUGGAACUUGACAUUCUAUGGGCUACUGUGCGGUCUGAUGGUUCUGGCCAGCUUGGGCAGUCUCGUGGAUCUCUUGCUCAAGCGGCGGCGUCACGACAAGAUGCUCAAGGAGCGGGAUCACUACAAGACCCCACCCAAGAGCCUCGCCCAGCAGCUGCUGCUCACCUUCUCGGUGGCUCGGAACUGGUAUCGGCUCAACCAGGAGCCCAACGGCAAGAUCGGACGCGAGCUGCGCUUCCUCGACUGCUUCAAGUUUUUCUCCAUGUUCAUGGUUAUCUUCGCGCACACCAACUGGGUGAUCUAUGAGAGCGCCAUCAGCAAUCCCCAGGAUCCCGAGCGUCUUUUACACACGGCCGCGGGCACACUCCUCGUCUCCGGCUCUCUCAUCACGGUCACGUUCUUUGUGAUCAGUGGCCUCCUUCUCACCAUCAACUGGUUGGCCGUGGCGCGUACGCUGCAGUCCAAAGCAGAGUCCUGGACCUUUCUGCAGUACGCCGUGCUCUUUGUCAAGUUCAACGUGUUUCGCUACAUUCGUCUGACAGUGCCCUAUGCCUUUGUUCUGCUCUUGAGCGGCGUGUACUUUGACACUGCCGGAGGGCCGCUCUGGCGGCACAUCUACGAGCGGGAGCAACUGGCCUGCCGUCGUAACUGGUGGACCAAUCUCCUGUACAUCAACAACUUUGUGCAGACGGACGAGCGCUGCCUGCUCCAGGGAUGGUAUCUGGCCGCGGACACGCAAUCCUUUGUGCUCAGCUUGGUGCUGCUGAUGCUGGGCCAUCGCUUUGCCAAAUGGAGCAAGCAGCUCUACGCGGUGAUCCUGGCGAUCUUCAUGGCCCUUCCUGUGCUGCUCACGUACGCCCUGGACUACUAUCCGAUCUUUGUGCCUACGCCGCAAACCCAAAAGGACUCGUUCAUUGGGGAUCGCCAGUUCACGGAGUUCUAUACCUCGUCGCUGAUGAACUUUGGCUGCUAUUUCUGCGGAGUUCUGGCCGCCUUGGUCUACGACCAGCUGGCCCUGAAGCAGUACAAGUUGCGGGAGUUGCGCAGCUUCCAGCUCCUGUGGUUCGCCCUCAUUCCGGUGGGCAUCCUCUGGCUCUUCACCGCUCACCCCAUUUUCCAGCACUACUAUGUGGCUCCGUCGGCCAUAUGGGGCGCCAUCUACGCGGGGCUGCAGCGGAACCUCUGGGCCUUUGGUCUCAGCAUCUUUAUUGUGGGCAUGGCCGGGAAGGUCGGCUGUAAGUAUCCUCGAGGGAUACGGUUUUCCGCUUGGAUUCUCCGCUCAUAUUGGUGUUUUGUUUGCUUUCCAGGGAUCUUCCGCAAGUUCGCCUGUCUGCCCAUCUUCCGUAUACUGGGACGCCUCACCUAUGGAGCGUUCAUCGUCCAUCUGCUGGUGGCGCGUAUCGUCCUGGCCACCGUGCGGGAGCCCAUCUACUUUGGCACCGGCAUGAUGUUUGCCUUCAUCUUCUUCACGAUGACCGUGUCGUAUCUGUGCUCCUUCCUGCUGGCCAUCUUCCUGGAGCUGCCCGUCUCCUCCCUCCUGAAGCUGAUGCGAUAGCAAUAGUUCUCUCGAAGUAAUUUUAGUUGUAGCAUUAGUUAACUUAAAUUAAAGACAAUCUUACCCCGA